CUCCGUAUGGCCGCUUCGUCACCACAACCUGAUUCAGCUAGCCAUCAAGAUAAAUUGGCGGCGCUGGAACUAGGUACUCCGUAAUCCGGCGCUCUUCAAUAUGACUUCCAACUGUUACCGUACCCUCGGUGCAACACAUCACCCACUGAGCCCAGCCUACCUUCUCUGCGGCUGUGUCGAUAUUGUGUGUGAAAGACUGGUGGUUCAAUACAGCGUGUCCUGCUCGAUAUUUCGUGAUAUGGUUUACUCUAACACUGAUUUAUCUGUACUUACCAAGUGGGACCAUUCCGGGCAUAUCCGUAAGUGGGCUGCCCCAGAUUGCAGCCGAAGUCGUCUCGACUUUCUUCUUCAGCAAAAAGCCAGGAAACGCCCCCCUGAAAAAGGGCCGUACUUAAUAACUGACAGGGAUCACGUCCUUCACAUCUUUCAUCCCAAUCUUCCUCAACAAAAACUCCGACUCGGUGACAACAACUCGACCACUCGAAUUUUCUCUUACUCCUCGAGGCCUUCGAUUUGGCGUUUAGCCCGCCGCUGCCACUUCCUGCUGGGCAAUCGCCAUCUUGCGCUUUGCCGCUGUUGGGGGCAGCUCGCCUCUGCAGGCCAAUAACGGCAAUCCACGCAGCCCCUCGUCUGUUAAUUCCUUCCCCCAAUCAGCAAAGAGCAAUCCGGAGCCACGCCGCCGCCUCUGAGCACAGCAGCAGCCCAGGCCGUUCAACCCUCAAUAAAUUCCUGAGUACGUGUCUAGCUGCACGGUACAAUACACUCCAGCCUAGCCUCUUCGUGCCACUCAGAGCACCCGCCCGCCGA